UUUUUCUUUUUGUCAUUCCUUUUUUUUUUUUUUAUUAUUGUUCCACAAAAAUGGAGUCGAUUGAAGCAAAAACACCAAAAUAUAUGGUAUAUUGUGUUUUGGUAGCAUGUAUUACUUCAUUAUCUUUUGGUUGGGUCAUUGGAUCACCCAACGUUCCCGGAGAAAUUACACAUAAUUGUGCUACAGGCAAUGCUCAUCUUUAUAAUAUCAAGUUUCCUGAUUGUUUACCGAUGACGACCUUUUUAUGGGCGUUUGCAGUGGCAUCUUUUUGUCUAGGAGGAUUUGUAGGAGCAGUGAGUUGUGGAUUUUUACAAACACGACUGGGUCGCAAAAAAACCAUCAUGCUCAGUAAUGCUGGGUUUAUUGUGGGUAGUGUGGUGGUUGCCGUCUCUUUUUCAUCAGGUAUGAUGAUUGCUGGCCGGAUCAUCUGUGGUCUUUCAUGUGGUGUGUGUUCUUUGGUCAUUCCUACUUAUAUUGGUGAAAUCUCCACUAUUCGUGCCCGUGGAGCCAUGGGUUGUUAUCAUCAAUUCUUCAUCGCUAUAGGAAUCUUUUUAUCAACAUUGAUAGGUAUGUUUUUAUGUCGUGUACCGUUAUGGCGAAUCAAUUAUGGUUUGGCCGGUGUACCUGCCCUAAUACAAACUUUAUUGAUGACAACUUGUGUGGAAUCCCCCCGAUGGUUGAUUUCCGUCAAUCGUAUUGAGGAAGCACAUUACGUUCUUCAAAAACUGCGAGGCAAGCAUAACAUUGAUCGAGAAUUCUUUGAAAUCGUCGAAGGUCAUGUUGGUCCAGCUGCUGCCAUCACUGCCAUGAAACAUCUUGCCACCAAAGAUGAAAAAUCAUUACAAGAAUGGCGAUCUUUUCAUCGACCUUCCUCUGCCCAAGCAACAUUGGUUGAACAUCCUCCCUCUGAUGAAAAACAAAGACAACAACAAGAAGAAGAUGACGAUGAUGAUGAUGAUGAUGAUAGGAUGAUGGGUCCAACAGGAGGAGAAGAACAAGAUCAUCCCAAAGAACAACAAGUGACGGCAAAACAAGUGAUGAAGGACCCAGUGAUGCGACGGAUGACCAUGACAUUGGUUGUGCUUCAUGUACUUCAACAAUUCUUAGGCUUGAAUGCCCUUCUUUAUUAUAGCUCGAUGGUCUAUGCGGCGGUGUAUGAUAAUCAUAAUACGGCUGUGAUGUGGUCAUCUAUGGCCACGGUGGAUACAGCCGUAUUGCUUGUGAUGACGGUGGUAGCAGCCGCUUUGAUUGAUCGCAUGGGUCGACGACGAUUACUUUUCCUAUCAGAAACAGGCGUGACGUUAUUUGCCGUGGUGAUGUUUUUAGGUCUGUUUUUCCAUCUGUCUGCCUUGUUGAUUGUCGGUGUCAUGUUCUUUGUUGCCAGCUUUGCUUUGGGCAUGAACCCUAUCCCUUGGUUGCUGACGAUUGAUAUGUGCCCUACUUAUGCUUCCUCCACCAUCGGUAGUCUCACCACAAGUAUCAACUGGCUCGUCAAUUUUAUCGUCGCCUUGUUCUUCCCUGUCGUCUUUGCUGCUAUCCAACCUUACACCUUUUUGAUCUUUGCUGGCAUCGGUUUGAUCGCCUUGGUAUUUACUUAUUUCUAUGUCCCUGAAACUAAGAAUCGAUCGAUUGAAUCCGUCGUCAGGGAAUUUGAAAAAUAUCGACGAUAAAAAAAUGGAUGGAUAGAUAGAUUUUUUUUUUUUGUUUAAUGUUGUAUAUACUUUUUAUAAUAAAUUCUCUUAUUCUUUGUGUCA